AUGGAUCAAACUGGGGCUUACUCGCAGGUAAACGUGCAGAAGAGUCGUGUCCACUGGCCUGCUUGUUUGAAAGAAUUCUAGGAGCCUGAACAAAGGCGCUCCCUCCUCUUUCUAAUUUUGUGAGGAUAUUCCUCGCUGGGUUUAGGGGCCAAUUUUCGUUUAUUGAUUUAAUGUUCUUCGUAAGAGUUCUGAAUACUAGCAAGAAAGAAUGGGAAAUGCAUCGAAGUUGAGUUUACUAAACACACACACACACACACACACAAACCCCGAUUUGAUGAAGUGGGAUCUAGUCUGCGGAAGUUUAGGCCACAAUAAAAUGUGCUCCGCUUUAAGGUACCACAAAACUCUUUGCUGCAACGACAGCGACAACAGCAGUAGCAGCAGCAGCAGCAGCAAAACUUAAAAAGCUGAACACUGGGACUGUCUGGAAUCCGAGUCUAAACACUGUUGGGAAACUAACCCUCUUGAAAUCAGCCUGGGUGGAUUCUAGAGUCCGGGCCCAUAAACCCCAAUGGGAAUGUGGAAUGAUAGGACAUGGAUUCUAAUCCUCGGCAGUCCGCCGGGAAGAUCUCCGGCUCACAUCUCCCAGAAAUGCCUUGGGUGUUGUGGUGGCAAAUGCGCCGGCGGUGGCAACUUCCCCUGCAGGUCAGGGAGCCUUGCGCGCGAGAACUAUAUAUCCUAUGUACAUAUCUAUCGCCCGCACAGGAGGGUUUAUGGCGUCCCCGCGUCUCUAGCUCCCUUGGCAAGCUUUGAUCCACACAACUCAAGAGGGGCUUGAAACAAUGAGAUUAAACGCUGCCUCCAACUUUUCUUCACAAACGGCCUCCUAGAGAGAAGCGCUCAGCUUGAUGCAGCUGAAACUUUCUAGGUGAGGACCCCCCUCACUUUUUUCUCUCUCCCCUCCACCUCUCUUUUUCUUUUCAUGCCUCCGCCUUCUCUCUACCUCGACGUGAAGCUCGGAGCUCCUGAGCAAACACUCAACUGUUCUCCGCUGGGUUGGAGGAAGGAGGUCUGUGGAACCGCUGGCAGCAGCAGCCCCGGCAGCCAGGCUUUCCAGAACGAAUAACAAAAAGGUUACUGUACAUAGAAACGUGCUGUCAGCCCGAGAGCCUCAAGUUGUUUGAAUGUUGGUUUGGGGGACGUAAAUAUAGCAGCUCUGCGGUUCCCUCCCGCUCCUCUCUCUGCUUCCCCUCUUUAAAUAAUUCCAUUUCAAUUGGAAAAGGUUAGCCCUAGACACGAGGUACAAUAAUAUUCCCCCCCAACAAAAAAUCCUUAAGUUCUCUCCUAUAUUUUUUUUAAGCAUUACCUUAUCCCUUACUUAUCGUUUAUGGAAAUAAUGCUUCUCCCCAUUGCGCGCCCCCCCCGCGCCCUUUUCCUAAAGGGACAUGUAAUUCUGCGGGUGAACUUUGGCUGGACUUUCCUUUUGCAUCCCACACAGGGAACAGCCGUGGGUUCCCCGGGCUCGCAGAUGAGCCGAGUACUUAAGGUGAGCAAAAAAAUUAAAUAAAUAUGCCACAGAGAAACUGUGUGCUUUCUUGACCGGACUUGCAUCUAGGGAGCUGGUUUCCAAGCGCAGUCCUUUUUCAAGCUGCUGCAUGAGAGGGUGGAGUGAAAGAACUCUUUAAAAAUAAAUUCAAAACGCGAUGAAAUGAAAUCGAGGUAAGGAAGCGCGCUCAGGUCUCACGAAGGGCGCCGUCCUGAGACUCCAGAACCUCGUUUCACAGCGCAGGGAACCUUUUUGUGCAUAAAUCAUCCCACACCACCCAGACCUGUGCAUUUGGCAGCCGAAACUUUCCAAGCACACUUAAGAAAAACAUCCCACUGUGGUCUAAGACUGUAACCUCUGCUCGUCAUUUAGCAGCUUAAAGAUCACUACUUUUUUAUUUAUUUUUAUUUUAUUUUAUCAGAGUGCAGAACUGAGGCCCAAGUCUACGGCAACAGAAACAGCUCUUUUCCUCCAACACUUGCUUCAGAUCUCAGCUGUUUUAUAUACACAUCCAGAGAAAGACUAGUGCAAUUUAGGACCACGGCGGUAGGGAGAAUCUGGUCGCAAUCCUACCAGGCGCUUACUGAGGCGCGUGUGAAGGAUUGGCGCUGAUGCAAAGUUUCUGAGAACUCUGGACAUCUAACUGCAGGCUCAAACACUGGGAUGUGGGGGUGGUGGUGGAGAGAAGUGGAUUAUGGGUUUACACAUCAAUUCUAAACGCUUGGGAGUUAGACCCCCCCCACGCCCACCCCACUCAGUUGUGGCGCGUUCCUCCCAAGCAAUCUGUUCUAAGAUUAAAAUCAGUUAAACCUCGGGCGGAGUUCUCUCAAACUGCAUCCCGGAUUGUAACUCUGCUCAUGGGCGUAGCUAAGCGGGGUGUGUGUGUGUGUGUGUGCAAGGAGGGGCAGCUGCCCCCUUAAAUAAAUAUAAAUAAAGAAAAAUACAUAGCUAACUGAGGUUCUGCCCCCCCCCCCACAAGAGGCCUGCCCCUCCCAACAAAAAUCCUGGCUACGCCCGUGACUCUGCUGUAUAUUCUUCUCUGGUCCUACAGUCUCAAAAGGGUGGUAAAAUUAUCUUGGUUUUAAAGAGUCAGCCCUUCAUUCCCAACGCAUGCUUUCUCCUAAGGGACUCCACAUAUGUCAGGCCAGGGAGUCUUUCCCAGUCCUAACUGGAGAUGCCAGGGAUUGGAUCUGGGAUCUUCUGCACGCAAAAGGAUUUCCCAGAGCAGCGGCCUUCCCUUUCAUUACCACCAAGCUCAUUUUCUGUUCCUCCAGCGUAGAGAGAGGAAGGGACGAACGUACAUCUCUCCUCAGUACGGUAGAACUACUGAUAACGUUCCUAAAAUCAGGCAUCCCCAAACUCGGCCCUCCAGCUGUUUAGGGACUACAACUCCCAUCAUCCCUGACCACUGGUCCUGUUAGCUAGGGAUGAUGGGAGUUGUAGUCCCAAAACAGCUGGAGGGCCGAGUUUGAGGAUGCCUGCUAAAACUCAUCCCUUUUCCUCCUGUUUUUAUGACAGCCUGUGCCAGAAGGAAAUGGGCAACUGCUGGUUUUCUUUUAACCUGUGUUAGCCCAAGGACCUGCCCUUUGUAUGGACCCAUCCGGAUGAGUUGAAAAGCCGUUAUAAGAAUCCUGAGCUAGAAGUAGGUUAAUUACCUGCGAGGGAAAGUCGAGCUCUUUGCAAGGGAGGGACUCAAGUUUACAACCCCAUCCCUCGCUGGCGUAAAAGUUGAAAGCAGUUGUCUCUCUCUCUCUCUCUAAAAGGGCAGAGAAAAUGAGCCCAGAGCUUUUAAACAAAGUUGUACACAUUGAUACGAAUGGAAAAAGAAAUGGCAAGGCAGAUUGUCAACUAUGCAUUCGAUGA